AUGCAAUUGACGGACAAUAGGAGCGCGCAAAUCAUCACCGGGUCGCACUUCAGUCAAACGUUUCGACUUGGCUAUAAGCAGGUGCUGAUCUGCAAGGCAAAAGGCGACCCACGGCCAACCAUAAAAUGGUAUAAGGAGGGCGCCGAAAUCCACUUACGGCCAAAUAUACAUUUCUACGAAAAACCGCUGCCGGAUAAUGUUAUGUGGAGCAAAUUAGAAAUUGAUCCGGCCACGAUGGGUGAUCAGGGAAUCUAUGCGUGUGUCGCCAACAAUAAAUGGGGAGUGAUGGCCAAAAAUUUCAAGGCAGAUUAUACCUAU